AUGAGAUCUCCUUUUUCUCGUGCUCUCCGCCGCCCGCACAACUGCCUUUUUAUCCGAUUAUUGCCUCGACAUUAUGCGACUGAAACGCCAGUGAACCCCGGCAAGCCCGCCAUCCAGAGUGGGCAAACCUCUUCGCCGGUUAAAGAGCGAGAUACAGAAUUCAGUCUUCCAGAAGGAUUUACCGAAGAAAACCCGUGCCUUUACCACGACACGCUCCCCCCUCAACCUUCCCAACUCGCAUACGCGAAGCACUUUUUUACGCGCUCGAAACACUCUCCCGUUUAUCUUUGGGGGACAGACAUAUUCCGCACCAUCCCUGAAGCCGCAAUACCAGAAGUUGUAUUCAUUGGCCGGUCCAAUGUGGGCAAAAGUUCAAUCAUUAAUGCGCUAGUCGGGGAGGAUAUUUGCGCGUCAUCUAAGAAACUCGGAAGGACAAAACUGAUAUCUGCGAUUGGUCUCGGUGGGACGAAAAAUGAAGAUUCGAGGAUAGCUCUUGUUGAUACUCCUGGAUAUGGGAAAGGUAGCCAGGCGGAGUGGGGCCAGGAGAUUCAAAAGUAUUUGGAAAAGAGAAAACAACUUCGGCGCAUCUUUCUUCUCCUUGACGGGAAAGUCGGCCUCAAGCCCCGGGACCACGACGUUCUCGCUUUUCUCCGCCAAUUCGCUGUGCCGUACCAACUCGUGCUCACGAAAUCGGAUCAUACGCUUGGAAUAGAUAAUCGCAAAAAAGGAUGCGAGCCCAAAGCCUCUCAAUCCGGCCUAUUUCGCUUAUCCCAGACUGCACAAAAUAUUCUUUCAGCUGCCCGACCUUUAAAUCCAAGCAUGGAGGGCCCAGGGCCUUUAGGUGAUGUGAUCGCAUGCAGCGUCCAAAUGGAAAGAAAAAAGCGUAGAAGAAUAACGACAGGCAUAAACGCUCUUCAGUGGGCGAUACUUCUUGCAACUGGAUUUGAUCAAAUUCCGAGAGGAUUUAAGAAUAAGUCCUAG